CCGAGCAGCCUACUACGAUGGCAACCACCAAAACCACCGCCGUCACCAAGGUCGACUCGGCCGUGUUCCGGCGCCGGCUGCCCGAAGAACUCCAGAUCAUGCCGUACACGCUGCGGGUGCUAGAGUUUGUCGGACUGUGGGGCUCGUGGAACCAGUUUCCGUUCUUUGUGCUAUUCAUGACCACCGGGACCAUGGUGAUCCUGUUCCCGAAGGCGUUUCUGGGCAUCGGACACAGCGAGUUUGCCAUCAUGGCCAAGGGGAUUGCGGAGUUUAUUUUCGAGGCGAACAUUUAUCUGAGUGCGUUGAUUUUUUCUACGAAGCGAGCGAGCUUUGUGAAGGUCGUCAACGGGUUGGCGGAGUUUUUUCACGAAGUCAGCAACGCGGACAACGACUGCUACGAUCUGAUUCGCACGACAAACGUCAAAAUCCGAUAUUUCUGGCUCUUCAUGGUGCUGUAUUGUGCGACGGGACCGAUCAUCUUUUGCAUUCCGUCUGCGACGGUCACCUACUUGCGGUACUGGGACGCAAUCGGCAAGAAUCUUUCGGAACCCCUCGUUUACGAAAUCCCAAUGGAGCAAGAGUUCUACGGGCUGGACAUCCGCAAAAACUUCAUCCACAACCAAAUCUUUUUGGGAUUUUCCUUCCUGGCCUACUGCGCCAGCAAGUUCUUUCUGCUCGUCAUGAUCACGACGCCGUUCAUCAUGAUCAAGUACAACUCGCUGACGUACCAACUGGUUUGCGAGCGGAUCCGAAAGCUGCCGCAGCUUCCGGGUGGCCCGAAACCAGCCGGAUUGUCGUCCUCCAACAGGACCGAGGUCAAUGUGCACGAUUUGGCCGAAGUGGUCCGGCUGCAUCGGCAAGCUUACGAAAUAACCCAGCAGAUUGAGGACAUUGUUCACCUUCCGGUGGCACUGGAGUACUUCACCUGCGUCAUGUUCUACUGCAUGGCAAUGUUCUACAUCUCAACGUACAUCGACUUCAGUCUGUUCAACAUUAUGGUUCUGUUCCUGGCCUCCCUGAUGGAAACGUUUGGCUACUCGUACCUCGGAUCGGAGCUGUCGGAGGAGGCGGCGGCCGUUGGCACGGCCAUCUACGAUUUGCCCUGGUACGAUCACUCGGUCGAGCUGCAGCGGUACUACCGGCUGAUCAUUCAGCGCACGCAGCGAACGACCGGGAUUUUCGGGUUGCGAUUUUUCCUCGUGCAGUUGACCACGUUUGCCAAUGUAAUGCAAAUGUCCUACUCUUACUUUCUGGUGCUGAAGGAUGUCCUUCAGCAACUUUAAAUUUUUGAAAGUUAAAUGAUGAUACAAAUAUUGAAGGAAACUUUUGUUAGGUGUUUAAAUCUCAUAAAUAAACAAUUAUGAGAAUUUGUAGUACUCGUUACCAAAUUAGCAAGCAAGUAGGAAUAAAAUUGCAUUUUCACCUCACGUUACUGAGCAAUUCUCUGA